AUGACUGGUUUCAAUAACGACCACGAGAAGAUGGACGAGAAGAAGGUCGACGAGGAGAACGGUCUUCAUGCCGUCAAUUCGCAGAGACGCGCCUCGUUCAGCGAUGCUGUCUUUGGAGAAAUCACCGAAGAAGGCCCCAACUACCGCGCUGUCGGCUGGAAGGGAACUACUGUUUUGAUGUUGAAGACGCAGAUUGGCUUGGGUGUGCUUUCGAUUCCUCAAGUCUUCCAUUCCCUCGGAUUGGUCCCAGGUGUCAUCUGUCUGUUGAUCAUUGCUGUAAUGACCAGCUGGUCCAAUUACAUCGUCGGUGUCUUCAAGAUUCGUCACCCUGAUGUGUACGGUAUUGAUGAUGUUGGCCGGAAGCUCUUUGGCCGUAUUGGCUAUGAGUUCUUCGGUAUCACCUUCGCCCUCUACUGGAUCUUUGUCGCCGGCUCUGGAAUGCUGGGAAUAGCCACCGCCCUGAAUGCUCUCUCGUCCCACGGUGCCUGCACUGCCGUCUUCGUCGCUGUCGCCACCAUCGUUGGCUUCAGUCUGGGCAGCAUCCAGACCCUCGGACGCAUCUCUUGGCUUGCGUGGAUCGGAGUAGUCAGUAUCCUUGUAGCGAUCUUGACUUUGACCGUAUCAGUUGGUGUUCAAGAGCGCCCUGCUGCAGCUCCUAUAACACCUGGACCAUGGAAGUCCGACUAUGCCAUCACCCAGAAGCCGAAACCAGCCGAAGCUUUUGCGGCUCUGUCAUCCCUCGUCUUCGCCUAUGCUGGAACUCCAGCCUUCUUCAACAUCGUUUCCGAGAUGCGCGAACCCCGCCAUUACACUCGCGCAUUGAUCUUGUGCCAGUCCAUCAUGACCGCCGUCUAUAUCGCGAUUGGUGUUGUUGUCUACUAUUUCUGCGGAUCUUACGUCGCUUCCCCCGCCCUCGGAUCUGCGGGUAAGAUGAUGAAGAAGGUGUGCUACGGACUUGCUCUGCCGGGUCUGAUUGUCAGCACCACGCUGUUCGUUCACUUUGCCGCAAAGUACUUCUUCAUGCGCAUCCUCCGCGGCUCCCAGCAUCUCACCCGAAACACCAAGACGCACUGGAUCACCUGGAUUGGAUGCACGGCCGGCAACUCGCUCGUCGCCUACAUCGUCGCCAGCGCCAUUCCCGUCUUCGGCGGACUCGUUUCCCUCGUCGGUGCGCUUCUCGGUACCCUCAUGUGCAUGCAGCCCAUGGGAUGCAUGUGGCUCUACGACCAUUGGCGCGAGGCCAGGACCCCCAAGUGGAUGUUCAUGGUUGGCUGGUGCGCCUUUAUGAUCACGGCUGGUUGGUUCUUGACCAUUGCUGGUACCUACGGAUCCAUCGUCGGUAUCAUGGACAGCUACAAAGCCUCGGGUGGCUCUGCCGCCUGGACUUGUGCCGAUAACUCGAACUCGUCAUAG